AUGCUCUUCUCCACAAAGGACCACAGCCGCCCGCUUUUCUGGGAAGACGACACAUGGAAGUUCCUCGCCGACCACGGCCGGAAGUUCUACCGCUCGCGGCCCGUCUCCGGCUCGGGCGGGUUCUCGCGGAGGCUUCGGCGGGGGGCUCCGCAGCUCCAUGACGUGGCGACGACAGCACUGGAGAAGCUCAUGAAGGAGUCCUUCGGCGACGGGGCGGAGAGGGAGCCGAUGUUGAGGAACACGCGGAAGCCGGUUUUGGUGCCGUGCUACGACCUAACGAGCUCGGCACCACUCCUGUUCUCGCGCGCUAACGCGCUAGAGACGAACGAGUUCGACUUUCGACUGCGGGAAGUGUGCCAGGCCACAUUGGCAGAGCCCGGCGUCCUAGAGCAAGUGCGGAUGCGGUCGGUGGACGGGCAGACGCGGUGCGUGGCGGUGGGAGGGGCACUGCUAAUGAGCAACCCCGGGGGGGCGGCGGUCACGCACGUGCUGCACAACAAGUAG